ACUGUCCGUAAUUUGAAAGGGUGCCUCAAGACUGUCCGUAAUUUGAAAGGGUGCCUCAAGACUGUCCAUCAUUUGAAAGGGUGCCUCAAGACUGUCCAUCAUUUGAAAGGGUGCCUCAAGACUGUCCAUCAUUUGAAAGGGUGCCUCAAGACUGUCCAUCAUUUGAAAGGGUGCCUCAAGACUGUCCAUCAUUUGAAAGGGUGCCUCGGGACUGUCCAUCAUUUGAAAGGGUGCCUCGGGACUGUCCAUCAUUUGAAAGGGUGCCUCUGGACUGUCCAUCAUUUGAAAGGGUGCCUCUGGACUGUCCAUCAUUUGAAAGGGUGCCUCUGGACUGUCCAUCAUUUGAAAGGGUGCCUCGGGACUGUCCAUCAUUUGAAAGGGUGCCUCGGGACUGUCCAUCAUUUGAAAGGGUGCCUCGGGACUGUCCAUCAUUUGAAAGGGUGCCUCUGGACUGUCCAUCAUUUGAAAGGGUGCCUCUGGACUGUCCAUCAUUUGAAAGGGUGCCUCAAGACUGUCCAUCAUUUGAAAGGGUGCCUCAAGACUGUCCAUCAUUUUAAAGGGUGCCUCAGAACUUUCCAUCAUUUUAAAGGGUGCCUCAAGACUGUCCAUCAUUUUAAAGGGUACCUCAAGUGGCCAGUUUUUUAGAAUGGGGUGCCUCAAGAUUUUCCAUAAUUUGAAAGGGUGCCU